GAGAUGGGAUCCGGUGCCGUGGAUUCUUCCCAGUGGCUGUCAGUGAAAGAAGAGACGAUUUUCCUUCACGAUGGACUCAUUCGGGUCACGGACCUGGCAGAGUUGCCCAGUGAGAUCGGGCUGUCCGAACAAGGCGAAUGUGAGCAGGAGAUUUUGACCUUUGAAACCAAGAAUCCAGUGGAGUUAGCUGAGCGCUUGCGGGCCGUCUGUGGAAACCAGAGCAACGCCUACGCCAGGCUGCUGGAAUACCGUCUCAAUGCGCUGCGUGGACUGUGGGGUGCACAGCGACAGCUCGCCCUGGAAGAGCAGCAGGAGCAUGAAGGAGGGGUGCCAGGGAGUAGCGGAGGCGCUGAUGAUGAGACGCUGGCUCUCCUGAAGCGACAGGGCUUCCUGCAACAUCAUCACCACCCUCAUCACCCGCCGAUGCCUACGGGCUCCGAUCAGGCACCGUUUACCUCACGCGUCGGCCUGCUGUUAGUCUUUCCACUACUGCAGUCGCAAACCCGACACGACCCCUCGCUCUGCGGCGUGACCGCCGAGGUCCUGCUCGCCUGUUUGCGCGACUGCCAGCCGCUUAGCCUCGGCAAGGAGCCUGCAGACUGCCUCAACGGCCUGGAGAGGUUACUGUGCUCCUGGUUGGAGGGGAGCGGGGAACUAAAGGGCGCAGGGGAGGAACGACCACUACUCACCCAGCAGCAGAGACAGAAUGCAGCGGCUGCAUUAGUGGCUCUCGCGUGUGCGAGGGGUUCCCUCAAAACAUUCAUCCAUACUGUUCACCUGCUGCAGAAACAGACUGAUCUGGGCCAGCUGCCAGUGGCUGAUGUUCUCUACAGAUUGCUGCUUCUUGAAGGAGGUCCAGGCUCACCGUCAUGUUUACUAGGUGGAAAACACAGUGUGUCAUGGGGCUUUGAGGACAUGUUGCCCACCCCAGAUAGCAGUGCACCAGGAGCCGACAGUAAAGAUACAGACCUGGGACGCAGUCUGGCUACAGAUGGUUUCUAUCUCUACACAACAAACUCUUUUGGGAAAGGCUUAAGCAAGCUGGGCUCAGGGCUGCAUGGGACGCUGAGGGGGUUUGUGUACUGUCGGAAUGAGGAGUUGGAGGCGGGAUGGUUGGCGCACAGCAGUGGCUGUUUGCUUCAUCGUCCUGCGACUUUUGACACUAAACCUCAUCAGCUGUGUCAGCUUCUUGACCCCUUCACACUGCAGGUUUGUCAAGUAAUUGCAAUGCCCCACCAUCACUUCCCAGCGGGCAGCUCUCUAACUACACUGCGCCUGUGUUCUGAUGGCACCUACCUCUACUGGGUGUGGUCACCCGUUAGCCUCAAUGAAAAGACUCAGAAAGGACACUCUGUCUUCAUGGAUGUCUUCCAGCUAACGACCGAGUCUGGUGUGUGUGUGGCCAGUCCAAUUCAAGAACGAGUAAUUUUAUCGCGUAAGGAAGGCGAGUCAUCGAAGUGUCUGAAUGAAUUGCUUUUGAGCCGUAUGUCUCGUUUCCGGGCCUCCCAUUCCUCCACGCUGGCUGCGCUCACCGGAUCCGCUAUCACCAACCCCGUCAAAGAGGAGCAGUCUGUAGUUAAUACAAGCUGCGGUCUGCCCAUAAAAACGUUGAGGAAAACGCCCAUGUAUGUGUGUGGAACGUAUCUGGUGAUGUUGACACCUGCUCCUGGUGUAUCUGGCAACUCUGCCACACGUUCUCUGUUUGGUGGUUCCAGUGGCCUCUCCUCUCUGAAGAUCUUGGCAUCUAGUUUGGUGUUUAACCUGUCUGAUGGCCAGUUUAGCAAUCGUGCCGACCUCAUAGAUGCUCCAGGAAGUUCUCUGGGUCGUGGAGCUCAGGUCGCAGGGCUAGGGGCCUGUUAUGAUGCUCUUAACAACUUAAUCUGGACGUGCUCCAGUGAUUACAUGGACCAGUGGUGUAACCCUGGAAACCAGGCGUUUCAUCAUGUAUGCCAACGGCUUGGCGUGAGCCACGUCAGCAGACAGCCUAAAGAGGAAAUGAUUGACACGACUGAAGUGAUUAACCAGCUCCUCCAUCAUGUCGGCGCAAUGUGCAUCCACCAGCUCAACCUGCUCGCAGCCAGCAGCACUUUACAUCUGGGGACGUUCGUCGGAAAACAGCUCAUGGAGGCGUGUCACUUCAGCUCCAUAUGUGAUGUCAUGGAGAAGGCCAUGGUGAACGGUGACACGUGCAUCAUCCGAUGCAUUCUGGUCGUCUUUCAGGUGGUGUUCCAGUUCUUCAAUCCAAAUUCGGAGCAGAAUCGGGACAGUAUCAGGCGCUCUGGACUGUUGUUGUGGCAGUUACUGAUGGCUCCUCUUGAUCAGAUACAACCAGAAAUACAGAGAGAAGUGUGCCACGCCAUCAGCUCGGGUUUGAACACUUUGUACCAGAGUGAGUUGGAGUUAAACAACCUGCUGAAGUUAGUUUUCACUGAAGGAGAGCGUAACAGCGGUUUGUCUCAGUUACGUGAUGUUAUAUUAAACAACCUCGCUAACCAGUUACAGAAGAACCGCUUUGGUAGUGAAGACGAUGACCACUACAGACUGAAAGACGAGCUGUUGCAGUGUAUUCUGAAGACUGUAGUGCGCGAGUCGUGUCUCCUCAUCACCAAAUGUCGAACCGUUUCUAAAGAAGAACUCCAGAAGCUGCUUUCCACUGUGCCUGUAGCAUCACCGAGCUUGCGUUAUUUAAUGGCUGUGCAGAAUCAUUUGCUCAGUAAUACCGUCCUGCUGCAUCCUGAUGACAGUGAUGAUAGCGACAGCUCCAUACAGGGGGAAACAAUGAAGGUACAGGAGUUGCAGACGAGCAUCCUGUCAUUGGCUUCUAAGAUCCUGGUUGGAUGUGACGAGGUGCUGGAGACUCUUCAGCAGGUCACUAAUGCCCUCAUCAACAGCACCAUCAGCGAUCGAGAGAACAGACUGAGAGGACUCGAGCAGAUGACCAAAGCCACAAUGUUGGGUCACCUGCUGCCGGUUCUGUUAACCUCACUGAUGCAUCCGAACCUGCAGACCCUUACACUAGCUGAUGCACUCAUGCCACAGCUAGUUCAACUAGUCCUCUAUACUAGUCAGACGGCUUUGCUGCUAAAGACACAUUCACCGUUAUUUGAUGACUCUCCAACCAUCAGUGGGUCAUUGAAUCAAGGAUCCAAGCCACCCUCGUUAAAUGACAGUUUUCAGAUUCUGGAUGAGCGAGAGGAGCCUGGCUUUCUGACCGGCUUGAAGAUUCCCGCCCCAUGGGCUGCUGGGAAAACGGUGGAAACUGUUCAUCCUGUGCGAGAUAACUACAAAUUUAAAGAUACGGUGCAUAUUCCUGGCGCGCGCUGUCUCUACCUGCGAUUUGACCCUCGCUGCUCCUCACAAUACGACUACGACAAGUUGGUGAUUUAUGCCGGGCCCAACACAAACAGCCGUAAAGUGAGCGAGUAUGGAGGAAACACCAUGGGUUAUGGCAGUCGGAGUGUCUUAGGAACGGGUUGGCCCAAAGAUCUGGUCAAGGUUGAAGGAGACACUGUGACGUUCUCUUUUGAGAUGAGAAGCGGCCGUGAACACAACACUCCUGAUAAAGCCAUGUGGGGUUUCUCAUGUACUGUACGAGCGCAGGAGUCGUCAGAGGAUGUGUCCGGUGGACUGCCGUUUCUGGCCGAUUUAGCGUUGGGUUUAUCAGUGCUGGCCUGCGCGAUGCUGCGAAUCCUCUAUAACGGCCCUGAUAUCACACGAGAGGAGGAGGCCUGCCGGGACCUGCUCUGCUCCAAACUACUGCAGAGGUGUCAGUGGCAGGUUGAGGCCAAUGGUGCGAUAUCUCCCGCCCUCACACCCUCUCCAUCCCCUCUGCCAUUAACCAUCGAUGAGGAGCACGAGUUCACGUAUCCAUCGGACAUCCUGAUCCCACCGCCCGGCCCGAUGCCCGCCGCCUGCUGCGAGUUGCCCCGCAUACACUUACCCUCGGGCAUUAUGAGUCGCCUGAGGGAGCUGUCCGGCAGGGCCCGCCCUCAGUUCCGCCCCAGCAUCAAAGAGGUGAUUCGUCCUGAUGUCAUGGAGGAGGUGAUCGUGUCGUGCGUUAUUAAACAUUUGGGUCUGGUGGAUGCGCUGCAGUCACUGGUCAACUUCCAGUACAGAGAGCUGCACAGAGAGGAGCACAAUCUGCUCGGCAAAAUCAUGGCUGAGACCUUCAAGAAGAUCAAUGCAAUGGAGAGACAGUUACAAAGUGUUGCUGAACUGGAGCAGAAAUGGCAGAAUGAGGUAGAUGAAGCUCAACAGGGGAAACUAGAGAACAACUCGCCCUUCUUCCACGACUAUCACUACUUCGAGAACAAACUGAAAGAGCUGGAGCUUCUCUGUCCAAUCAAGGAUGUUCCUCUGGACUGCACCAAUCCAGAAAAUGCUGUGAUGGCUUUGGGAGAAAAGUUUUUCCACGAGGUUAACUCCACCCAACAGUCAAGAAGUGCCGUUCCAUUGGCUAAAACCAAAGCGCUAGUGAAGAGCUUGAUAAACCGUUCUGAACUCCUGCUACAUGUGACAAUAGCACCACAGUGCAAGAGUCUGACAACAACACCAACAUCCACUCCAGCUUGUAAGUCGGUAUCAGACGCUAAAUCAAUUGUUCCUAUAGUGAAGCAGCCCGUCUUUCUGCGCAGUAUGUCCGCUCCCUCAGAUUUGGAAAUGAUUGCCAACAGUGAUGUAGAGUUCACACAUGGAGCACAAAGGAGGCGUCUCCAUCCUUCCAGUCACCGCAGCAGCUCAUUCACUAUCCUGCAAUCAUUGGCCAUUGAAGACAGCAAAGACAAACCCACUUACAGUGUGCUGCUGGGACAGCUCUUUGCAUUCAUAGGAACAACUCCAGACCAGGCGGUGUCCAGCAGCAGUUUUCUAUCAGCUGCGCAGACGCGCUGGAGGAGAGGUCGCACGAGGAAGCAGGCGCUGAUUCACAUGAGAGAGCUUCUCACCGCAGCAGUUCGGGUGGGAGGAGUCACCCAUCUGGUUGGCCCAGUCACCAUGGUGCUGCAGGGUGGGCCCAGAAUCGAGGAGCUGACAUGUGGAGGGAUGAUGGAGCAGGUGCAGGAAGCGUUUGGAGAGACGAUGACAUCAGUGGUGUCUCUGUGUGCCCGUUACCCCAUCGCCUGCGCUAACAGCAUCGGUCUGCUGUGCACCAUCCCUUACACCAGGAGUGAGGAACAGUGUCUGGUUCGCAGUGGUUUGGUUCAGCUCAUGGACCGGUUGUGUAGUUUGAGCAGUCAGAGGGACUGCAGCUCAAACGAAAAGCAAACGAAGAAACAGAAGGUAGCUACUAUGGCGUGGGCGGCGUUUCAGGUGCUAGCCAACCGCUGCAUUGAGUGGGAGAAAGUUGAAGGUGGAUCUACAGACGCAGUGCACUCUGGACUGGCCCGUCAGGUGUCCAGCUUACUAACCAAUCAUCUGGCUCGAGCAACAGACUGCUGCGGGAAUCAAGCAGCCGGGAAUGAUGCUCUACAGGACGUGCUCAGUUUACUCAACGAUCUCUCCAGGAGUAACAUUGGGAAGACGAUCCUCAGUCAGCCGGCCUGUGUGUCGAAGCUUCUGUCUCUGCUGCUGGACCAGCGGCCGUCACCCAAACUGGUGCUCAUAAUCCUGCAGUUAUGCCGCGCAGCGCUGCCUCUCAUGAGUGUGGAGGACUGUGGGAAUGUAGCGCUUCCUUCCUGGAGCUACUCCACAAACGCUCUGGACGCAGAGCAGCAGGACGCCAGUGACCCGGCCUUCUGUAUCGCGUCACUGCUGCUGGCCAAACUGGCAGACUAUGUGGUGCCAGGCUGUCAGACUCUGCUCUCUCCGAGCUCAUCUGAGCCGGACACCAGUCUCUCUCGCACCUGCCCAAAGAGUAGCGCCAAGAUUGACAGAGAUGCCGGUGAAGAGGGUGAAGCCGUGGAUGGCAAACUCUCCAUUUUCAUCCAUAAGAGAGAAGACCAGUCGUCUCAUGAGGUGCUGCAGCCGUUACUCAGCAGUUCAGAGGGUCGGCCUUUCCGUCUGGGCACUGGAGCAAACAUGGAGAAGGUGGUGAAGAUGGAUCGAGACAUGACGAAGAGCGGAUAUUGUGAGGUGAUCACAGAGGAGGCGUCUUCAGCUUUGAGGAAAGCCAAUAAGUGGGCUCAGUCUGGACUCAUCGUCAGUGUGGGACCUCCAGUAGAGAGCACCGGACAAGAAAACUCCGGAGGAGCCACAACAGGAGACAAGAAGAAAACCGCUCAGUCUACGGUGUGCCGAGAGAGAAACGCUGAACUAGCUCGGUCAGAUCCGGUGCGGCCGUUCAUCAGUGGUCACGUGGCCAACAGUAUGGCCGCUGAGGUCAUCGCUCUGCUUCACAGUCUUCUGACCGCACCUGAAUCCAACACCGCUCAGAUAUGGACCAGCACUGCAGAGAAGGUGUUGUCCAGAGCGUUGAUGUUCAUCCCUCAGUUGGGUAAAUACGCUGACAGCAUUCUAGAGAGCGGGAACAGCAGUGUUAGGAAGUUGGCUAAGCUGCAGGCGAUUGGUCGACAGGCCGUAGCGGCUCUCUGUGCUUUAGGUGGAUUCAAGGAGACCAUCAAGAUCGGUUCUGAAGUCCAGGUGGUUGGUAAGGGUGUGUUAGACAGUGUUGGUGUGGUCAUAUCAAUUAAUGAACAGGAGGGCAUCGCCACAGUGAAGUUUCCCUCCUGUGAGUACCGGCGCUCGAGCAAAGCUUCUGAUAUCCUGACUGUACCCAUAUCUCGCCUCUGUACGCCACGCUCUGAGGCUCUGCCGCUGCACAAGCUGUCCAUCACAGAGAAGGUCGUGCAGGCGGUGCAGUCCAUGUUACUGCCUCAGGAGGGCAGUCUGUCCAUCCACACGUCUCUCCCUGCGUCUGGAGACGGAUCCAGUCCUGUGAUGGCUGUCGUCCGGCUUCUGGCCGAGAUUAGAACCAGAGCGUGUUUGGUGAUGGCGCAGCUGCUUGAAGACAGUUCAUUCUGUGAGGAGUUUAUUCAACAGUGUCCAGCUGCCGUUGAAGUGCUCAACCUCAUUGCUCAAGAGUGCAGUCCUGGAGAGCGUGUAGGCAUGGUUGAAGCUCAGUGUGAGAGAGUUAGGAUGUUAUAUCGGGACUGCGCUCGCCCACCGCCUCCACCACUACAAACAGACCAACGGCAGCCUAAGGAAAUCACGUGGUGUCCGUCACGAGUCUUUCCUCCUGUACGUGCCUGUAUGUUCUCUUCACACUUGACCUCUGUGACGUUUCUGGCUGAUCCGAGUGCAGGUGGAGGUCUUCCCAGAGGAACCUUCAUAUAUGCCACUUCACCUGUACCUGUUCAGGCUCCAUCCUUUUACUGGGAGAUCGAGAUUGUUUCCUAUGGAGAUUCAGAGGAUGAUAGCGGCCCGAUAGUAUCCUUCGGCUUUUCUCCGGAGGCAGAGAAGAGAGACGGUGCCUGGACCAAUCCCGUCGGCACCUGCCUCUUCCACAAUAAUGGGCGGGCGGUUCACUAUAAUGGCUCCAGUCUGCUGCAGUGGAAGAGUGUGAGAUUGGAUGUGGCUCUACUUCCUGGUGAUGUGGCAGGUAUCGGUUGGGAGCGUUUAGAAGGAACUCCUCCACCUCCAGGUCAGCCUCCUAAAGGACGAGUUUACUUCACCUACGGCGGACAGCGUCUGACCCCAUAUCUGGAGGACGUUGCUGGAGGCAUGUGGCCUGUAGUGCACAUUCAGAAGAAGAAUACGAAGAUUCACGCAAACUUCGGCUGUCGAUUAUUUGCAUAUGCAGAGGGUCAGGCGCACCGGAACGCUGCGGAUCUGUGUAUGGAUCUCUCAGAGGAGAUCAGUGCUAACUUUGAAGCUCUGCCGUUUGCAAUGGCAUCUGACAGCGACAAUGACGCCGGCACUAGCGUGGCAUCUGACUCUGGUUCUCACGGCCCGCCAUGUCGGAUCGCUGCUGUCGUCACUGCGCAACAACAGUACAACAGCGACGACUCCUGCCACUACAAGGUAGAGCUGAGCUAUGAGAAUCUGGUGGUGUCGGGACCAAACGUUCACCCCCCACCCAUCGCUGAUGAUGAGAGUGAUGAUGAAGAUGAUGAAGACAUUCCUAGGGAGGAUCAUUAUGCGCUGUUAGUGAAAGCGUGGGAGACCAAAGUCUUUCCAACCAUUCGCCGGCGUUUCAGGAAUGAAGCGGAGAGGAAGUCUGGACUAGACCAGAUCAAAGGAGCCCUGCAACUGGGAAUGGUGGACAUUGCGCGUCAGACAGUUGAGUUCCUGUAUGAAGAGAAUGGAGGGAUUCCCCGUGAUCUCUACCUCCCAACCAUCGAGGACAUCAAAGAUGAGGCCAAUAAAUUCACCAUUGACAAAGUCCGCAAAGGUCUGACGGUGGGCAUCCGCUGUCCAGAGGGCAACAACACCGUUAGCAGCACAGGUGGCACGGCUUUACCCAAGUUUGCCAUCCGUGGCAUGAUGAAGACGUUCGGCUUACAUGGUGUCGUGUUGGAUGUAGAUUGCGCAAAUGAACUGGUGCAGGUGGAGACAUAUCUGCGCAGUGAGGGUGUGCUGGUCCGGUACUGGUACCCCAUUGAGAUGCUGGAGAGACCACCAGCGGGAUCCCGCAGAGCUGCAGCCAACGGCCUGGUGUCACUGGACAGUAGCAACAUACAGAUACACAGGGAGCUGUUGCGUUGUGAGAGCGCUCUUGCACGUCUGUACUGUCGUAUGGCGUUGCUCAACAUCUUUGCACCAAAGAGUCCUCACACGUUCACUCGGCUCUUCCAUAUUCCUGCCGUGCGUGACAUCACCCUCGAACACCUGCAGCUGUUGUCCAAUCAGCUGCUGGCUCCGCCCCUUCCAGAUGGCAGGAUCAGUUGUAGCUCCAUUUUGCUGGCUCAGUCUGUUCUACAUGAGCUUCAGGGUGAGAGCUGCUCUCCCACAGAGCUCUUCUAUCAGGGAAACACACAGAACAUCCGUGAGUGGCUGACAGUCGCUAUCAGCAGGGCUCUGCAUCAGGGAGAGGACAGUCUGCUGGAACUCACCAAACAAAUCUGCUGCUUCCUGCAGAGUGCACCUGAGCAGUUCACACUGGAAGAAUUACCCAUCACCGAGUCUAAGGUCAGCAUAGACGUCAACUUCCCUGGCGCUGCCUUUGUGGUCGUCUCUUGCAAAGAGAGCCAACUCGGCUGUCGUAAAGACUCCUCCCUGUAUAAGGCUCCAUGGGCUCGCAUCAUGGUGUAUGGUCUUGGUCAUAAGGUGCGUCGGAAUGGACAGCUGAAUCUGAUGGAAGCCGUGUGUUACCCACUGGACGCCUCACCAUCGAACACUGGACUCACGCCUCCACCCACAGCCAACCAGUAUCCCAGCUUAAUCAUCCCCACCGACAAAGUGCACGUCAAACUAGGUGUGUCACCCCAUCCUGGUGCAGUGCUGGUAUUGCACUCGUUGCCUCUCGAGUUUCCCUUGGCUAUGGCUUUUGCUGAGCAGCUGCUGACCUACACCAUUGGGGAAACCAGUGAACGCUCUGAAGAUGAGCUGGACACGGUGCCCACCUCUGUACUUCUGCAGGUUGUUGAGUUGCUAGGUGGCCUUCUGUGGACCACCGAUCUUGCUCCUUGUAUCAAGGAGCUAAUCUUCCACUUGCUUGCAGAGCUUCUUCGUAAAAUCCACGCCUUUGAACGACGCAAGAGCCCAUCUGGCCUGUCGAGCCCCAUUACGUUGCUUCUCAGCCCCUGCUUGACGGUGCUCAUGGUUCUCCAAACCGAACUACGAAAACUUUACGACCAUGAGACCCAGAUUUGGAGCCUAGCUAGUGGCGGUUCUUGCACCUCCUCUACGGGCAGCAGCGGAGCGCUUGCGCUGGCCGGCGAACGGAGUCGGUUCUCCACCUACUUCCAUGCACUGAUGGAGGUGUGUUUAGCAGUUGCCGAAGUGACUUUGCCCCUCAGUACGGGAGCAGGAGCAUCUGCAGUGGGCGCCCCCUCGUCAACUAGUACCGCCAACUUUAGCGAUUCCUCAUCAUCUUCGUCCUCUUCACCAGGACAGACACCACAAAGUCCGAGCUUGCUUUCAAAGCGCAAGAAGGUAAAACUAAAGCGUGACCGUGCAACUGUUGCUGUGGUCUCAGGGAAACAUGGUUCCGGUGGCAGCGCGAGACCUUCCGAAAGUGACAGUGCUUUACUCAACAUGACCGGAGGCAAGCCAGAAGAUAUGUUGUGGUUCCACCGUGGGUUGACGUUGCUUUUGAUUUUACGCCACCUUGCUAACAAAGACCCGCAGGGUUUGGGUGUCACCGGGGAUGCUGUCGCAGAUGCUUGCCAAGCUUUGGUUGGAUCCACUGCUCACAGUCGUUUGCUGGUGCUCUCGGGAAUCCCGACUCACCUGGAGGAAGCCGUGGUGCGCAACGCAAUUCGAAGAGCUUGCAACGCACAUGGGGGUCUCUUCAAGGACGAGAUAUUUAUUCCGGUUCAGGAGGAGGACCCUAAAAAGGCCAAACCUGAAACUCCAGGUGUUCCCCUAGAUGUAAAGAGAGAGUGCCCCCCGUCAAGCACAUCAGGAAGUCCCAACAGUAACAGUGCAAUGAGUGCCUCGGCCUCGGCCAGCCACAUAUCCAGCACUUUUCAGGGAGCCUCCAGGGUUGCUGGUGAACUGCCAGCAGAUCAAGAGCUGCUUGUUGUCCCAUUAGCAACUCAGAUAGCCCCUUCCCAGCCGCAGGCACCCCUGGAUCCCCACACAGUAUCCAGUCAGGAAAGCCUGGAUGUGUCCCUUUGUAGCACCGGAAGUCAAGGUAGUCUUGGUAGCCUUGUGGAGCAGUUGGAGAGUGGAGCAACAACGUCGGUCUCAGAUGGAAUUACCAUGUACACUGUAGCUUCGCCAGACAUAAGUGCCACUAUGACACGACCCAUUAAAGGCUACGCUGUGAUAGAGGUCAGGGCUCGGGCCCAAGUCGAAAAGAUUCGUGCCAGUCUUUUCAACAGCAGUGAUCUCAUUGGCCUUUCCAAUCUGGAAAGGGAGGAGGAGCUAAUGGAGUUGACCAAUGAGGAGAUUCUCACCGCAUCCAGUGUCAAUCAGAGCUUAUUUGACACACAAGGAAGUUCUGCUCUUGAGGAAUAUUUCCAGCAGAAAUCUAUCAGAGGAGAUAAACUGGUUCCCGGGGCACGUGAUGUGCUCACAGAUAUUUUUAAGAGCUGUACAUACGCAGAGCAAAUGCUGAGUCCCGCACCAACCAAGCCGGUGAAAGUAUCCGACAUUUAUCUGAGCAAAGAGCAGAUCAACUCUCAGACACCUGGGAACUUGCUACAUGUCUUCUUCACACACGUACGACCUCCAAAGAAAGUGCUUGAUGACCAGCUGACACAGAUCCUCCGUAAAUAUGGCACAGUGAAGCCCAACAAGAACAAGCACAGCAAAGCAGGUAAAGAACAGCACCAGGGUAAAGUAGUGAGCACAAAGAGACCCAUCACCAAACCUCCAAGCAAAGACAAGUCCAUGCUUAACAGCGUUAGAACCGUAUUAAGUGAGAAGAAACCGGUCCUCAAGCCCAAAUCUCCUGAGAAGACUAAACCUGACGAGAAAGACCCGGAGAAGUCUCCCGCCAAAAAACUAGAAGUGCCAGAAGAGAAGUUUUUGACUCUGGAGGGUUUCCACAAGUUCACUCUAGACCGGGCCAAACAGGACAUUCGCAGUGUUUGGCGGGCCAUCCUGGCAUGUGGUUACGACCUGCACUUUGAAAGAUGCACCUGCAUCGACUCGCGUCAUGCUCAAAAAGCCAGCAGGAAAUGGAGCUUUGAGAUGGACUUUGCGCUGGUCCAGUUUGUAAACCGUCUCUGCCGACACCUGGCCAUCACACCUGCCCGUCUGCAUCCACAUGAAGUUUACCUGGACGCCAAAGAUACCGCUGACCCUCAAGUCGCUUGUUUACUAGGUGUUCCAGUGGAGAGUCUGCGCCUGCGGUUUGCUCUGCUACAGUCCCUCAACAGCACACUGGAGAGCUUCUUCCUGCCCCUGGUGGAGUUGAGACAAACACAAACCUAUCAGAACAGCAUCGCCACACUUUUGUGUGAGGUCAAAGGUCUUAUUUUUUACGACACCAAAGUGACCGUCAUGAACAGAGUGCUGAAUGCGACAGUACAGCGAACUGUGGACCACGCUGCACCUGAAAUCACCCUCGACCCGCUGGAGAUAGUGGGAGGCGAGAUGCGCGCAGCAGAAAACACAUAUUUCUGUCAGGCCGCGCGGCAGCUGUCAUGUGUCCCCUCGUCUCAGCUGUGUGUUCGGAUUGCCAGUGGAGGAGACCCCACCUACGCCUUCAACAUCCGAUUCACUGGGGAGGAGGUGCACGGCACCAGUGGUUCAUUUCGUCACUUCCUGUGGCAGGUGUGUAAGGAGCUGCAGAGUUCUGCUCUGUCUCUGCUCCUCCCCUGUCCCAGCGCUGCCGCAAACCGCAAUAAGGGGAAGUACAUCCUGACGCCCUGUCCCAUCACAUACGCUGAGGAGCAGCUGCUCCAUUUCUUUGGUCAGCUGCUGGGAAUCGCCAUCAGAGCAGACGUCCCUUUACCUCUCGAUCUGCUCGGAUCCUUCUGGAAGGGUUUGGUCGGUGAGGCGUUAGACCCAGAAUCUGACUUCCAGGAAGCCGACUUGCUCACCUACAACUACAUCAAGAAGUUUGAGAUUUUGGCAGAUGAAGCGGAGCUGGAAGCGUUGUGUGCUGAAGUGUCGUCACAGAGUCACAUGGGCGAGAGUCCAGAUUCACCGAGUCGCCCCUGUUGCACCUUCACCUACAUCACAAUGACCGGAGAGGAGGUGGAGCUGUGCCACGGCGGACGAGACAUCACCGUCAGCUGGGAGAAUAAAGACGUCUACGUGCGGGCCGUGCGUGAUCUACGCCUGCGAGAGCUGCAGAAUGUGGAGUGUAUGUCGGCUGUACGUGCAGGCUUGGGAUCCAUCAUCCCACUGCAGCUCCUCACCUUAUUGAGUCCUACAGAGGUGGAGCUGCGCACCUGCGGCCUGCCCGACAUCAACCUGGAGUUCCUGAAGGCUCACACGAUGUAUCAGGUGGGUCUAAUGGAGACAGACCAGCACAUUGAGUUCUUCUGGGCCGCGCUGGAGAUGUUUAGUCAAGAGGAGCUCAGCAAAUUCAUCAAGUUCGCUUGCAACCAGGAGCGAAUUCCCUUUACCUGCCCCUGUAAAGACGGUGGUCCUGAUACAGCACAUGUGCCACCCUACCCCAUGAAGAUAGCGCCACCCGAUGGAGCAGUGGGCUCUCCAGAUUUGCGUUACAUUCGCGUGGAGACCUGCAUGUUCAUGGUGAAACUUCCUCAGUACUCGUCCCUGGACGUGAUGUUGGAGAAGUUGCGCUACGCUAUCCACUAUCGUGAGGAUCCUCUCAGCGGUUAAACCUGAAAUCCCACGUGAACGUUUAAGCCCAUCUGAGACUCGGCACACAACCUCAAACAUCACUUCUGGUUCGAGAGAGGAACAUCAAACUGUCAUGAAGGAACUCGAACAGUCCAGACCAACUUGCCUUUACAAAGACGAACGCUUCAUUUCGUGAACGGCAGUGAGUUUAUGGUGGUGUAGAGAAAGCCACACUUUUAUAAAUCGAUGAUGUGUACUAUUGACAUCAUUAACAAAGGUGAAGAAAGUGGCACCUUCUUUUCUCCCUUUUUUAUCCUUGACAUUUAAUCUCUCCGUUACCUCCCUGUUUCCGCAUUCAUGCUUUCAUUUCCUGCGUGCCUCAAUCACCUCCUCUGUAUUUGUGACAGUGAUUGUUGAUGCACCUUCAUUCAGGGAGAUGACGCUCAUUUUUAGAUUUAGAAAGAGACUUAAAGAGUGGCUUGAAAAGUUAUAAAUGCAUCUUUCAAAAUACAUUAGGGUGAAUGUCACGAAACCUGUCAAGAACAGGUCUAGGCCGUAAUUCACGCCAAAAUCAAAAGAAAAAAAGUUAAAUUUUGCAUAAAGUGGUCAUUUUUGUUUUCUUUUCGUUUUUUUGCAUUGUGACAUUGUUUUCAUGGCAAUUAAGCACAUUUUCUCAGUAUUGUCAUGUGAAAAAAUCACAUUGACUUUACUGUAAGUGAAUAUCCUAAUUCUCAUUACUGUUGAGUGGAAAAAAAAUCACGUUUGUAGUACUUUAAUGUGAGUUUAGCAAAUCCCAUUUGAAUUAACCGUUAUGGGGAAAAAAACUCACAUUGAUAUCAGUUAUGUAACCAAAAAAAAUCAUUUUCUCAUUACCGUAAUGUGAAAAAAAACACAGUUGCAUUAUUGUAAUGUGAUUUAAAAAUAUCACAACAUUAAUGUGACACAAUAUUCAUUUUUCAGUACCGUAAUGUGAGAGUUCCAUUCUUAUUGUUAAUGUGAAAAAAAAAUCACAUUAACACUACUGCAAUAUGACUACAAAAUAUCUUUCACAGUAAUGCAAUGUUAAAAAAAUAUCACAUUUGCAUUACUUUAAUGUGACAAAUACCAUUUUGUUACCGUAAUGUGAAAAAUCACAUUUUCACUGCUUUAAUCUGACAAAAGAAAAUCUCAUUUUUAUUACUGCAAUGUGACUGAAAAAUCUCUUUCACAUUAUUGUAAUGUUAAAAUAAAUCACAUUGAUUUUAAUGUGACGAAAAAUCCAAUUCUCAUUACCGUAAUGAAAAAAAUAAAUCACUUUCUCAUUACCGUAAUAUAAAAAAUAAAAAUCACUUUUUCAUUACCGUAAUAUAAAACAAAAUCUCAUUGAUGUUAAGGUGACGAAAAAUCGAAUUCUCAUUACCAUAAUGAAAAAAAAAAUCACUUUCUCAUUACCGUAAUGUAAAAAUAAAUCACAUUUAUGUUAAUGUGACAAAAAAAAUCUAAUUCUCAUUACCGUAAUGAAAAACAAAUCACAUUCUCAUUACCGUAAUGUUAAAAUAAAAAUCACAUUGAUGUUAAUGUGAUGAAAAAUCUAAUUCUCAUUACCGUAAUGUAAAAAAAAUCACAUUCUCAUUACCGUAAUGUUAAAAUAAAAAUCACAUUGAUGUUAAUGUGACAGAAAAUCACAUUCUCAUUACCAGGAUGUUUGGGGAGGGAAAUCACAUUGAUAUUACGGUAACACUUUACAGUAAGGUUCCAUUCGUUAACAUUAGUUAAUACAUUAGGUAUCCUGAACAAACGAUUAACAAUAUAUUUUUUACAGUAUUUAUUAAUCUUCUUCUGUGUUAGUUAAUACAAUUGUUCAUGUUAGUUCAUAGUGCAUUAACUCAUGUUAACAAAUACAGCUUCUGAUUUUUAAAAAAAUGUAUUAGCAUAUGUUGAAACUAACAUUAAGUAAACACUUAAUUAUUGUUAACAACCUAUUUAUUUAAUUAAGUAGUGUUCAUUGUUAGUUCAUAUAAACGAAGGUUGUUAACAAAAGGAACCUUAUCGUAAAGUGUUACCGAUAUUACCUUAACAGGAAUGGAUGUUUUACUAUUGAGAUUUAUUUCGGUAAUUCUCAUUAGACAAUGAUUAAAGACAAUUCAACAAGUAUUACUAAAAUGUCACAUCACAUGCAUUGUUUGCAUUACAGUAAUGAGAAUUUGGGGCAAAUGUUUUUAACUUCUGCGACAAUGUCACAAACGCAAAACAUCUUAAUGCAAAAUAUUCUCUUAUUUUAGUGGUGACGAUGUUCUCGACAGGUUACAUAAGAUCCAUUUAGAGAUGAUUUUCUCAUCGCUACAAGCUCUGGCCAGGAAAUAAACUCUGCAUGUGGUCUCGCAUAUUUAAGACAUUGAACAGUACAUAGCAAGAUGGCUUUAAAGACACAAAUAUAUGCCUAUAUUGUGAGAGGUGCAUAAGUAGUGGCAGUUUGUAAUGGGAGGUAAUCGCAUCGAGUACAAGCUGUGGUAUUAAAGAGAGCGUUAAAUCAUUUCUUUUCGUAUCGGAGUGGAUUCAGGAGAGAAGUUUGCUGUAAACGGAUCGUAAAACCCUUUCUGCCAUAAUCUUCAGUUUUGAGUGGUGCUAAGUUUAUGCUUGCCAAACCGACACAAUUUUAGACUGCCGACUAUAUUACACGAUCGCACUGAUUUUGCGUCCAUUGCAUGUAAAUCCCUACAAUGCAUGUGCCAUUGAACAUGUUGCUUUAGUUUGGCAUUCGAUUUCUUUUAAUAUCAACAUUUCAUCCCCUCGAAAAAGGAAUUGUUUUAGGAGAGCCGUUUGAAAAGAUUCAUUUUGCUUUGAUUUUUUUUUUUUUUGACAUUUUUGUCCGUCUAUACAGUUUAUACCGUUAUAGAUUUGAAAUAUAUAAACUGGAUGUUAUUUCAAGGAUUUCCAGCGUUCUUUUGGGAGUCAGUUGUAAUAUUACUUAUUUCUGGUGAAUCAAAUAAUAGCGUUUUGAGUUGAGUAAUUUGUAGCUAUAAUUACAGACGCACUUGAUCUACUGCAAUUUAUUCAAAAUAUCACCAUUUCAGCACUAUGAAGUUGUGUGUGUGUGCGUGUGUGUGCGCGUGCGUGUGUGCGCGUGCGUGCUUGUGUGCGCGCGCGAGUGUUUUCUUUUGCGAAUCUGCUAUGGUCAACUGCUGCUAUCAAAGAUAGUCCUUUCAUUUGUCUCGCUGUCUCGGGCGAAGAGUUGGACAGACAUCCGCACAAACGCUGAAUGCAGUGAAAUACGUGUUGUACAUUUACUUGAUGAUAUUUAUUACAAUUAUUUAUGAUUGCAUUAACUUGAUCCUGUCUUACCUCUGAGCAUCUGGAACAUAAUACUGAUGAAUCUGCAGAGGUCAAGAAAAAAACUUCAGUUCAGGAGUUUCUGUGUCAUAAUAAUAAAAUAUUGAUGUAUUACA